GGUCUGUUUGAUAAAAAACAAAAACACAUAGAAUUGAUACGUAUCAAUAAAACGCAUCAUGAAUUGCUAGUUUCUUUGUCCUAAUGCUAACAGAUUAGCUGUGCAAUUAAAUACUAUAAAAACAAGUAGUUAAGCUCAAAGUUCAACGUGAUGAACAGAUCAGAGGAAGCGCCGCUGGUGAGCGACAGUGACAAUGAUGCUGAGGUUACAUAUGCAGAGCCCGCGCCACGCAUACUGGAUGCGGCGCAACCAGAUGAAGCGAUAGUUGAGCCCACCGUUGUGCCUGAGACAAAUGAGCGAGCCGGAUUUGGUUCAAAAUGGUUUAUACUGGAGCCUGCCGUAUUUCUAAUGUUCUUUGGUCGCUUUCUUAUUGGGGCGGUUUUUCAGAAUCAAAUCCUCUAUCAAACAUGCGUUACCAUCUACAAAUUUAACGAAUCCGACUGUGAACCCCUUUUGGGAAAUGAUCGUGGCUCGGAAGCUAGUAAAAGUCUGGAAAUAAUAGUGCAGCCAUACUCGGCGAAUAUAACAAUGGCUGUUUCGCUACUGGAGAGCAUAAUCCCAGCAUUUGUCAGUCUCUUUAUAGGUCCGUGGUCGGAUAAGUUUGGACGACGACCCAUACUAAUAACAGUGUUUACGGGCUAUGUAACAAGCGCUUUAAUACUGAUUGUCAUAGCUGCGAUUACCAUGCAUCAGAACAUCAAUCCCUGGUGGUUUUUGUUGCCAUCGGUGCCAUCAGUGUUAAGCGGUGGUACUUGCGCCUUGAUUACUGGCAUAUACUGCUAUAUAUCCGAUGUGGCCAAGGAACGCAAGCGUGCUAUGCGCAUGGUGCUCAACGAGGCUUCGCUGUGUACUGGCAUGAUGAUUGGCAAUGUAGCUAGUGGUUAUAUUUAUGCCGCAACCAAUUCGGUUACAAUUUUUGGUGUUGCAUGCGGACUUAUGUUUCUUGCCUGGCUUUAUGUGUUCUUCUUUGUGCCCGAGAGCUUGCCGCCGGAGGAUAUACACAGCGGUUCUCGCAUACGCGAAUUCUUUCGUUUUAGUCUGGUCAAGGAUCUGGUGCGCACCAGCCUGCUGCAGCGUGCCAAUUAUGAUCGGGCUAUUAUCUGGCUAACAAUAAUAGCGUUAACCAUUAGCAUCUUUAAUAUGGAGGGCGAGAACACAUGUAAUGUGCUCUUUAUGCGCGAACAGUUUGACUGGACAAUCAAGGACAUUAGCCAGUUUAAUGCAGCUCGCAUUGUUGUACAAAUAAUUGGCAGCACUGCUGGCAUGAUCCUGCUGCGUCGCAUACUUAAGGUGUCUAUCAUAACCAUGACCUUGCUUGCUAUGGGCAGUUGUGUGCUGGAGAGCACUGUGCGUGCCACUGCUGUCUAUUGGUGGGAAAUGUAUUUGGGCAUGCUGCUGGGCAUGAUGCGUGGCGUGCUGGGACCCAUGUGUCGCGCAAUUCUGUCGCUAGUGGCACCCCCAGAAGAUGUUGGCAAAAUCUUUGCUCUGACUACCUCAAUCGAAAUGGUAACUCCUUUGGGAGCUGCGCCUUUAUACACUAGUAUCUACAAAGCCUCUGUUGCCAUCCAUCCGGGCAUUUUUAAUAUCAUUAGCGCUGGCACCUCUUUUGUUGCUUAUAUUUUUAUUGCCAUCAUAUUUGGCAUUCAAAAAUCUUUGAGCAAUACCAGCGCUUAUAAACAAAUAGGCAGCUAACCAUGUCGUUAUUUUUUAUUUGUAUCUAGUUCAAUUGACCAAAAUUUUAAAGACAACUGCAAUAUUUUUUAUAAUGUGGCUUCUAAUUGUAAAA